ACUCAGGCGGACUUUUCUCUGUUGUCAGUUUGGAUCAGAUUCGGCUGGUUUGGACGGGAUCAGCCUUCAAACGGUCCCGGGUCACACUGCAGCCUGCUGAGUCCACAUCCCGUCGGUACCGUGUGGGUCGGAGCCCCUGUAGAUGGCUUUCUUUGUGGUCCUCGUCGUCCUCCCGGUUGUCAGGGGUGAUGUGCAGUCAGGGCCCAUCUGUCCUUCUUGGCGUGACUCCAGUGUGGCGGUGGUCCGGGUUUUGGAUGAUGAGGUUGGAUGGCUUUCCUGUCCUCUUUUCUCUCAUCUGUCCAUCUCCAACAACUCGUCCACACAAGGUUCCGGACACCACCUCAUCUGGUCCCGCCUCCCUGAAGGCCAAGUGGUGGAGCAGCCAAUCACGUACAGCUCACACAUCACCAAAGAUGGAGACAGACUGUGGCUGCAGCCGGCCACCGCCAACGACACGGGACUCUACGUCUGCACGCUGAGGAACGAGUCGUCCUGCAGUAAGACCGCCGUGCGCCUUGAGGUGCUGCAGCCGCAGGAAGCUGUACGUGGGGCAGAGUGCGAGCUUCCAGUUGCCACGGUGCCGAAUCACAUGGUCAUCCCUUUGCAGCAGGGGAAGACUCUCGACUGUCCGGACCUUCAGGAUGCUGCUCGAAUGGCCACAGGCAGCCUGACUGUCACCUGGUUCCACCGGUGUCAGCGAUACCCGUUCCCUCUCAGUUACCGGCAGCAGAAGGGCGUCAGCCUGCAGUUCCAUAUGAUGAUGGACUCCUUCCAGGGUUCAUACUACUGCAUUGUUCACUAUCAGAGGAAGGACAAAGUUCUCCGCUUCACCAGGACCAUCAACGUCACCGCCGUCUAUCCGAUCACGUUGCCCAAAAAGCCGACCAUCCUCCACCCAACCAAGGAGCAGCUGUACUCCGUCAAGCUGAACACAGAGGUGCGUUUGGUGUGCAGAGCACUCUUCCCCUACCUGGAUACACCAUUUGAGAUUUGGUGGACAGUUGACGGGAAGACUGUGGAACAGCUGGCUGACACUCGCUUCUCCAAAACAUCCAGGCAGUUGAAGAAUGACUACGGGGACCAGACUAUGGAGAGCGAGCUGGUGAUCCACAGCUUCCAGGCUGCAGACCUGAAGAGAGAGUAUAACUGCUCUGUGAAGAACCAGGAAGGCUCCGACACUCGCCGAGCUCAGCUGGAGGAGGAGGUGCUGCUGCCGUCUGUGGAGCUGGGCUGUGGACUCGGUGUGGUCCUGGUUUUCCUGCUGGUCCUGUUUGUGCUCUAUCAUGUUUACUGGCUGGAGCUGCUGCUGCUCUACCGCUCGUGGUUCGGCACUGACGAGCGACACACAGACAAUAAGGAGUAUGACGUCUACAUCUCGUACGCCCGGAACAGUGAGGACGAGCAGUUUGUCCUCAGCACACUCCAGAUAGUGUUGGAGAACGAGCUGGGAUACUCAGUGUGCAUCUUUGACAGAGACAGUCUGCCUGGAGGGACCAUCACAGAUGAGACUCUGAAUUUUGUGGCUCGCAGCCGGCGCCUCCUGGUGGUCAUUAGCCCAGGCUAUGCCUCCCAGGGCUCCCAGGCUCUGCUGGAGCUGAAGGCUGGCAUUGAUGACAUGGCACUGGGCGGGCACCUGCGGGUGAUCCUGGUCCAGUACAAGCCAGUGCAGCGCAAGGGCUGGGUGAGGGAGCUGAGGAGGGCCCGGGUAGCCCUGGUUCUGGUCCAGUGGCAGGGGGAUAAAUCCAGAGAGCUAACUUCCCGCUUUUGGAAAAGGCUGAGGGUGGAGCUACCUGUCCAGAGAGUUGGCAUUGGAGGGAAUGAUGGGGAGGAUGGAUGGAGGAACAAGGAUUUGGCCUUGGGAAGGUUUAACAGUCAGAACAGUACCAGCUCCCAGACUGGACUCCUCACCAACACGGUUAAAACCCCACACAGUACCAUCUUCAGCAGUAUCACAUAGCCACCUGCAGGGGGUAUUGUUGCCCGACAGAUGGAAACACUAAGACACCUCACCAGUGUGUCACCGGAUCCAAACCAAUGUCUCCCACCACAGUUUCACUCAGUACUGUGCUGUAGAACAUGGAAACGCUUUUUUCCCUUCAUGAGUAGUUUAUCAGAAAUUUGGAUUUGAAAACCCUAACCCAACAAUAGUCUACUUUUACGAAGUUUUAUUCAAAAAAUGAACCAAUUAUGACAACACAAAGACUGUUAUUGAUCAGCAAAUAAUCCAGUGACCUGUUUUUUUUAUUACCAACAGCAGGAGACUACUGAAGAUACAGCUGUUGUCCUUACAACUCUAUAAUCUGUAGUCCCUAUAAAUCUAUAAUUUGUACUCCCUAUAAACCUAUAAUCUAUAGUCCCUAUAAGUGUAUAAUCUAUAGACCCUCUCACCCUAUAAUCUAUAGUCCCUGUAGACCCUGUAAUACAGUUGUGCUCAAAAAGGUUACAUACUUUUGAUUCUUUUGGCCAUUUCUCAAACCUUUUUUCCACUCAUGGUUAGUGGUUGAGUGAAACCAUUUAUUGUCAAACAACUGUGUUUGACUGUGUAAAAUCCAUGACGGUACUGAGCUCCUGAUGAUUACGUGACUGUGUUUAUCUCAAAAUAGCUGUCAGUCAAAACAGGAUUCAGCCUUUCAACUGAUCCUCCAAUCAUCAUGCAGAAGCUCAGCGUCCAGGCCCUCCCAUAUGGUGCCAGAUCAGUGACAAAACCCCACUCAUGUAAAAAAAAAAAAAAAAAAUGUGUUUGUGCAUAGAUAUUAACUGUGCGCGCACAAAUAAUCCUUGCACGCAAAGGGGCUGCACGCGAGGUCCAGCCCCCCCACCCCCAUCUGCUCGAACUUGAUUUCUGCUUGCGCAAAGUUUUUCUGCUCAGGUGCAAAAUACAAGAACAUAAAGGGCUUAUUGAAUAUUAUUUAUAAAUAAUAAAAGAAAAGAAAAUAUAGGUCAACCAAACAUUUACAAAUCAAAUUUGUCAAUAAAAUUAACUACUUUAAAAACAUUAUUGGAUUCAGUCAAUAAUAGAGAUUUAUUAUUAAGUUUAAACUCAUUUUUUCCAGUGAAUGAUGUUUGGUUUUGUCUUGAAAAAAAUAUUUGUGUAUGUAACCUAUGCAGAUGUUUCAGGAUUUUGUACAGGACCAGUUUUGUUUGGAUUUGAUUCAUAUAUAUAUAAAAGGAGAUGCUGUUGUCUCCUUCGGGGAGGUGGUGGUGUCACGGUUUGCAUGUGAUUUAAGAGGUUUUAAUUUGUCAUCUGAUGGUUAAUAAUCACAUUAUUCCCUUUGAUUGGUUUGGGUGUACAGAGUCAGACUCAGAGAGUCAGACUCAGAGUCAGUCUGCAGACGAGUGUCAGGAGGUUGUUUUUAGGACUUUCUGUCAUUUGUUCUGAAAUAAUGCUGAAUUUAUGUGGAAAUGAGAUCUGUCGCUGAGAUAGAUGACGACUGGAGUGAAGUUUGAAGCAGAAACAAGGUGAUAGUCGCUUAACGCUGUUGUCUCCGACUGACCUCCGCAUCAGAGGAGGGCUGUCACUCAAACCUCGCUCUCCAAAGAUGGCCAAUCAUAGCAGAGCCAGUGCCGACCUGGUUCCCUCCCCCAUAGUGCCAUAAGUUUCAAGCGAGUGAGCAGGAAUCCUCUGCGCACGAGCAGAAAUCAAGUUCGAACGGGUGGGACCUCGCAUGCAGCACCUUUGCGCGGGCACAGAGAUAAUUUGUGUGCGCACAAUUAAUAUCUACGCGUGAACGCAUUUUUUACUCAAGUGGGGUUUUGUCACUGAUCUGAUGCCGUACUCCCACAGCUCCAUUCACCCCCAGAGACGCUGAGCAUCCGGGGGAGGGACAAAACCGUGGUCUUUAGCCAAUGACCAUCGACGUUAAGGGCGUCUGGCCAGCUUUACUUAGAUGUUCCAAGGUCAAGAUAUAAACGCUGGGGUGAUCAUGCUUUCGCGGUAGCUGGCCCCAGACUGUGGAAUGAGCUACCUC